CUGUACGCAAGUACGUUGCAGUUGUGGGCGUAACGUUGAAAUUCUACGUUGUGUGGGCACUGUGCUGUUGUAUUCACACCGUGUACUCAAGAUAAGCCAGCGGUAUUAAUUUCUAGCUGGACUGCAAAGCAAAACAAAAGAACCCAAGACAGGUGCCUACAGUAGACACCGCUGCAACUGCCUUGGACCGAUCCGAGUUGAAGUCCCAAUUCUAGUACAAUAACUAGCUAACACCACAGGAGCUGAUGGACGUCCGCCCGAAACGUCCACUUUCUCAAGAAACUGCGGCCAUGGGGAAGAAGCAGAUGGGAAAGUCCAAAAAGGAGGUCUCCGAGCCGGAGGAGUUUGUGGUGGAGAAGGUCAUGGACCAGCGUGUGGUCAAUGGGAAAGUGGAGUACUUCCUGAAAUGGAAAGGCUUCUCAGAUGCUGACAACACAUGGGAGCCAGAGGAGAAUCUGGACUGUCCUGAGCUGAUCGCUGCCUUCCAUGUGGCCCAGAAGGGGGUGGUGGAGAAACCGGACUCGAACAAGAGGAAGACCUCCACUGACGAGCCAGAGACUGAGGAGAGCAAAGCUAAGAAGAAAAAAGAGAGUGAAAAGCCACGGGGUUUUGCCCGGAACCUGGAGCCCGAGAGGAUCAUCGGCGCCACAGACAGCAGCGGGGAGCUCAUGUUCCUGAUGAAAUGGAAAGAUUCUGAUGAGGCCGAUCUGGUACCGGCGCGAGAGGCCAACACGCGCUGCCCCCAGGUCGUCAUCUCCUUUUACGAGGAGCGCCUCACCUGGCACUCCUGCCCCGAAGACGAGCAGCAGUAAUGCAUACACACACACACACACCCACCCCCCCCCCCCCCCCCACACACACACACACCCCCACACACACACACACACAAACUCAACUUUUAUUUUCUUGUUUUUAGUUCUUGCAUACUUGAAUGCUAAGGUAACUUCUGUGUUUGCUGUAUAAUGUCUUUGUAAAUAUUUGUUUUUCAAAACGACGCAAUAAAAGUUUAUAUGACUCGUA